UGAUAAGCCAGCGGGUUUGAUCGCGUGCAGCUCCACCACUUCACUGCUUCUCAGCAACAGCCCGACAUCCUUAUCUGCCAUCAGCGCAAGGCAGCGCACCGCUCUGACGCCUUUGCAUGCUUUACGCCCCUAGAUCUGCCACUGGUUUUGGAGCCACCGGCUCAGAGUAGGCAAGAUGGCGGCGCCGAAGAUGACCAAGAACCAGAUGCGCCGGGCCAAGAAGAAGGAGCAGAAGAAGGCCCGGGCUGAGCAAAACGGUGCCACGGAGCGCGAGGUCAAGGACGAGACUGCGGAGGCAACAGAGCCGCCUGUCAACGGCGACAGUACAUCCCCCGACCAUCUCGAGGUCAAGAAGGACCCGGAUGCGUCAGACAAGAUCGACGCCGACGGCCCCGUUGAUGAAAUAGUUCUUCCGGAGGACGACCCAGCGUUUGCCGCGUACAAGAGCAUCUUCAAGAAGUUUGGGGCGGGUUUGGAGGAUGAGGAGGCAUCCAGAGAAGCGAACGCGGGCAACAAGGGCGAAGUCUUCUUUGACCAGGACGACGAGAUCCCUAGCGAGGGGGAGGAUGCACAACCAAAGCUGUCCAAGAAGAAGCGGAAGAAGCUGAACAAGCUGUCCAUCGCCGAGCUCAAGGCGCUCGUGCGGAAUCCCGAGGUCGUCGAGUGGCACGAUGUCUCUUCUUCCGACCCCCGCCUGCUGGUCCAGAUCAAGGCACAGCGCAACAUCGUCCCCGUGCCGGGCCACUGGUCGCUGAAGCGCGAGUACCUCUCCAGCAAGAGGGGUAUCGAGAAGCCGCCGUUCAAGCUGCCCAAGUUCAUUGCCGAGACCGGCAUCACCGAGAUGCGCGACGCUGUCCUCGAGAAGCAAGCUGAGCAGACGCUCAAGCAGAAGCAGCGCGAGCGGGUGCAACCCAAGAUGGGCAAGCUGGACAUCGACUACCAGAAGCUCUACGACGCCUUCUUCCGCCACCAGACGAAGCCUGAGCUGACCCGGUUCGGCGAUGUAUACUACGAAGGCAAGGAGUGGGAGGCGGACUACAAGGUGUUCAAGCCCGGCGAGAUUAGCGACGCGCUGCGCGAGGCGCUUGGCAUGCAGCCCGGUUUCCCGCCCCCCUGGCUGCUGCAACAACAACGCAUCGGUCCCCCGCCCUCGUACCCGACCCUCAAAAUCCCGGGUCUCAACGCGCCUAUCCCGCCAGGAGCGUCGUGGGGCUUCCAGCCUGGGCAGUGGGGUAAGCCCCCGUUGGACGAAUACAACCGCCCCCUCUACGGCGGCGACAUCUUCGGCAUCAUGGCUCCCGGGCAACCCGGUGCGGCCGGGCCCUACCAACCACAACAAGGCCCACAACCUCAAGCCGUCGUCGGUGCCGCGGCCCCGGUCGGCGAGCCCGUCGAACGCACGCUUUGGGGCGAGCUGCAACCGCUUGCCGAAGAAUCCGAGGAAGAAGAGUCGGAAGAGGAGGAAGAGGAAGAGGGGUCGGAAGCAGGCGACAUCCCGCCGGGCGGGACGGAGACGGUCAGCGGCCUGGAGACGCCCGGCGGGUACGCCAGCACGGUGCAUGCGGACAUGCACGCGCCGGCGGGGGUGGAGACCAGCAUGGCGGGCGAGUUCGACCUGCGCAAGACGCGGCGCGGGUUCGAGACGGAGGAGUCGUCGUACGGCGCGCCGCGGCAGGCGUACACGGUGAUCCCCGAGCGCCAGGGCCGCGCCGAGGGCUUCUUCGGCAGCGACAAGACGUACGACCUGUCCAAGAAGCAGGCGGCGCCGGCGCCGGCGUCGGUGCCGGUGCUCGGCCAGGACGACGAGGCCUCGCGCAAGCGCAAGAAGCCCGGCGACGUGGACGUGGCGCUCGACCCGGACGCGCUGGCGGCGCAGGGCGGCAUCAGCAAGGACGACCUGCGGCGCAAGUUCGAGGCCAGCCGCCGCGAGGAGGGCGUCGGCGCCCAGUGGAGCCGCGCGGCCUACGAGGAGGACCUGAGCGAUAUGAUCGCGCAGGAGAGCAGGAAGCGGCAGCGGCGGGAGGAGGAGAGGAGGGGCGAGCGGGAGAGGGGGCGGAGGUAAUGCUGGUUGGCUGGGUUUUGACAUGAGAAUGCUCUCGGCGUUCAGGUGGACUUGCGACAAACAACACAUUAGGCGCGAGGCUGUAAUUAUAGAUAAGGAAUCAUUCAGUCAAAAGUGUCGGAAGGCGUCGAGCUGUGUUGGGGAGAGCAUGCAAUGUGAGCCGUUCGUCUUGCGCCCUGCCAGGCAUUGCUUGCUGUUUGAAACCAGAGCCCUUCAAGCCAGCCAUCUUCAAGCUCCCUCAAGAGUGGAUUGGCCUUCGACGUCCGCAAAAGGACCCCAGUCCAUUUGAAAUAUACUUGUUAUGGAUGGCUUUGCUCCCCCAGAACGGCAAGUCCCUCUCGAGAGGCGGACAGCUUCUGGGCCUCCACAGAAGCACGAGCACAACAGCGCGCUCUGAUGUUGUACAUACAUAACUACAAUAAUCGAUGACUGGGCACAACAGGCAAGCCAUCUGUCUGUC